AGCAUAGAAAACGAAACUGGUGGUUUUGUGAACGCGGAUCAUGGCGCUCAGUCCAGGCCAGCCUGACACCGUCUUACUACGGAGGUCCAUGUCCAUCGCUACGGCUCCCGAACUGCAAGAAUACGUGUUGCAAGACGUGAUCGCUGGAGAGCACGUAGGGGACGGCGCCUACGGCUACGUCACCAAACUGAACUACAACGGAACGUUGGUGGCUGGGAAGGCGCUUCACUACAUUCUGCUGCACGCCCAUGAGGGGAAUUUGAGGGAAAAGUUCGUGCACGAAUGUCGGCUGCUGAAGGAUCUUCGCCAUCCGCACAUUGUGCAGUUCCUGGGCAUCUGUUUCUUGGAGCUCUCGAUGCCCGUGCUGGUCAUGGAGUUUCUGCCCUACAACCUCCACGACAUGUUGGUGGAGCACCCGAGGAUCCACAUGUCCAUCAAACUCUCUCUCCUGAAGGACAUCACCUGUGGUCUCACAUACCUGCACAGCCAGACUCCCCCCAUCGUCCACCGAGAUCUCUCCGCUAGAAAUGUCCUCCUCAACUCCGCGCUCGUGGCCAAGAUCGCUGAUUUUGGAGUGGCUCGCAUCAUAGACCCACUUCACCUGUCACGCAACCUGACCUCCAUACCGGGGGCCGGGGUGUACAUGCCUCCAGAGUCUGCCCAAUCCGAGGAUCUCCUGACUUACUCCAGCAAACUGGACAUCUUCUCGUUUGGGGUUCUCCUGCUUUUUGUGGUGACACAGGAGUUCCCCAAAGACCCUCUCCCGGCAACCUACAUGGAUGCUAACGAACUGAAACCAAGAAAUGAGCUGCAGAGGAGGCAACCAUACAUGAGUCGCUCAGAGCAGGUCACAUGCCGAUGAGUUUGUUAUUCUGCCGAUCAUUUUCAAUUUCAACCACAACUGUUGUCACAGGUCCUGGGGGACACUGACCAUCCUCUGCUGUCCAUUGUGAGAGAAUGUCUGAGUAACGUGGCAGACCGCAGACCCACAGCAGUGACCAUCCUGGAGAGAGUGAGUCAGCUACAGGCGGAGGCCGAGGAUGAUGUGAUGGAGAGGGACAAGCUCCAGAUGAUCGUGGAGCUGCAGAGGUUGUCAACCGAGUGCGAGGAGCUGCAGGUGAGAAGCUAGAGUCCCACCUGGUGGGCUGGUCUCCUGUAUCCCAUGGGAUUUGUAAUGAGAGGUGCAGAGGAUCUUGUAUGAGGAGGAUGAGCUGGGGGUUCUACUGGCCGAGAAGGAGAGGCAGAUUGGCAGACAGGAGGAUGAUCUUCGCAGGCUCAACCAGCUCCUCUCCACCAAAGAGAGAGAGCUGCACUCAGUCCAGUCCAACAUCACCCACAAGGAGAGAGAGAAAGCUUUCAUGGAGGAGCAGUUGACCAGGCUCCAGGCUGAGCUCCUCAGGAAGGAGAGGGAGCUGACUGCUCUCAGGGAGAUGUUGAGGAUCCAGGAGAGGGACAGGAGUGAGGCAAUGGAGCGCCAGUUCAGUGAGGCUCGCAGACAAGUGGAGAGUUUGCAGCAGGAGAAGGCACAGUUACAGACAGAACAGGAGCGGCUGACGACAGAGGUGGAGAGAAAGGAGGUGGCGCUGGAGGAGAAGAGGGAGCAGAUACUGCAGGCCAAGAGGGAGGUGGACCGGGUAAUGGGAGAACUGACUGAAGCAAGGCAAACUAUCACCAGGCUUCGCUCUCAGCUGGACACUGCAACAGAGGGGCUGCAUCAGAGAGAGACCCAGCUGACUGACCUGGUGCGGCUGGAGGGGGUGGAGAGGGAACUGGAAGCAGCGAGACGAGACAACGUUACCAUCAGGUGCGAGAAUGCUCGACUCAGGAACUUGAAUUCUGCCAGACCACCUCCUCAGCCCCUAGGACUGCACAUUGAGCUCCCUCUCAGCUUCACUCCCACAAACGCUGCUGCCUUUGGAGUUCACUCGGCCAAAGCUGUGAUGUUUGGAAACAGUGUCGUCGUUGCCGGGGGCCACGCAGAUGUGGACAGUCAGCAACAGGUGAUGUUCUACCGACCAGACCGCAGAGUGUGGAAUACUCUUGGAAAAUACAACCUCUCCCUCUUCGCAAUGGCCGUGCUUGGAGACAACCGAAUGCUGGUGCUUGUCGGAGGGUACAACCUGGCGUCGGACACAUACAGCAAUAACCUGGUCCAGUGGGACCAGAGGGGGCGCUACUGGAGACCCACGUUUCGACCAAUGCCAACCCCUCGCAGCGAUGCAGCCGCUGUAGGCUACAAGAGCUACCUGGUGGUGGCUGGGGGCUCAAACGGAGAGGAGAACCUGACUGUUGUGGAGGUGCUGAACACACAUACGGUGCAGUGGUCAACAGUGGCCCCACUCCCUGCCCCCAUUGAGGGACUCAUCCAAAACGCCCCUCUCCAGGACGCCACUCGACCUGAAAUUGACACCUGGUACCUCAUGGGCUGGGAGACUGGGCUCAGGCAGCCAGCACAUACCUUCGCCAUCUCCCUGCACCAGCUAAUCCUGGAGCUGGAGGGAGGAGAGAGCACCAGGUGGGCCAUGCUCCCCCCUCCUCCCCUCGCCUGCUGUGGAGCGGUCAUAUUCCGUGGCUGUCUGCUGGCGGUCGGAGGCAAGGACAGACAUGGGGGCAGGAAGAAAGACAUCCACCUCUACCUGCCAGGCACCUGCGAGUGGCUCCGUGUCGCUGAGCUUCCCGUGGCUAAACACAACUGCUGCUGCUUCCCUCUGUCAGCGGAGGAGUUUAUGGUCAUUGGAGGCACUGAGAACACUCAGUUCUCCAACAGAGUGGACAUUGCACGUGGCCCUUGAACUUUAGCUUCAAAUCACUUUCAUAUCCAAUACAGAGUGCAGUUAUUCAAUCACAUGUUUGGUCUGAGUUUGUCAUUUUCUGAACCUAGCAAGAAUGAUAUUCUUCUGAGCGCCAGCCUCAUCACUGCAGUCUGACUUGUCACCAGUCUGGCUUCUCUUCUGGUUCUCUAACUCCUUGUGAACAGCCGUCCUCCUCUUGGCUCUUGCAAAAUGCUCUCUGCUCUUCUGUCGUUUGAGAGCCAGUGUCUUUCCGCCAACCCUAGUCCCCCUUCUCUCCCUACUC